AUGUGCCUUCUAUUCACAUCGCGCAGAGUCUUCUACUUCUUGUUGUUGAGUGUGAUCUGCAUCCUACAAUUUCCCGCUCUCACCCUGCAAGGAGAAACAGUUCUAGUGGCACCCGUUUCCAAAGACAAAUCCACCAGUCUCUUCACCCUCUCCGUUUUCCUCAAAACCCCACUUCGCCUCACAAAGCUCUACCUAGAUCUCGGAUUCUUAUUCCCAUGGACACUCUGUGACGCCAACUACAACUCUUCCUCUUUCCGCCGCAUACCCUGCGACGCCACUUUCUGCGCUGAAGUGGGAUUCGGAGGACUCUCCUGCGACAACUGCACCCUCGACAAUCCACCCGACCCCAAAUGCAUACCCACCAACAUCAUUUGCGGUUCCUUCCCCGAAAACCCAGUCACCGGAGCCAGCAUUUCAGACGCAGCCAUCAUCGACACCCUGGCGCUACCCAGCGCUCAGGGCUCACUGGUUCUCCUCGCAAAUUACACCUUCUCUUGUUCCGAUUCCACUGCUCCAGGAAUCGCCUUCUUCGGUUCCACAGGGCCCUACAAUAUUUCUUCCAAAAUUGACCUCUCUCAAUCCCUUGUUUUCACUCCCCUCAUCGUUAACCCCGUUAGUGUUGGAGACACCGUCAUAGGUUACGGCCGUAAUCCCCCUUCCAAUCAGUAUUUCAUUGGCUUGACUUCUAUCCUUGUCAACCGCAAGCGUGUUCCCGUAAAUGCAACCCUAUUGAGUAUCAAUAAGGAUGAUGGUUUCGGUGGAACUAAGAUAAGCACGGCGACUCCUUACACUCUCUUGGAGUCUUCCAUUCAGAAAGCCUUCACGGAGUUGUUCGUGAAGGAAGCAGCUUCCUCUGCUUUUAACCUCACUGUAACCACACCUGCGAAGCCGUUUAAUGUGUGCUACCCUGUGGGAGACCUCAUGGUAAACUCUGCUGGUCCAGCUGUGCCCACCAUUGAUCUCGUGCUGCAUGCUCCCAAUGUGGUUUGGAGAACUGUGGGAUCCAAUUCGAUGGUGAGGGUUACGAAUAAAAAGAAAGGGGUGGAUUUAUGGUGCCUGGGCUUUGUAGACGGUGGGGUUGAUAAGAAGACGCCCAUUGUAAUCGGAGGGAAGCAGCUAGAAGAUAAUCUUCUUCAGUUUGACCUUGGAUCUAACACGUUGGGAUUCACUUCAUCUCUCUUGUCUCGCUCACUCUCUUGUGCUGAUUUCAACGUCCCUGGUUUUGGCCUUUAA